AUGCGCAGCAAUGCCCUCACGAAACUCAAGGCAGCAUUACCCCGCCGUGUGAUGGAGAUGCGGAUACAGGAAGCUGGGGACAUCAUGGUUCUCUUGCGUCUCUCUUUCGCCGCAGUUCUGCUUGCGGUCGCAAUCGCGACACCAACGGAGCGGGCGGCCCUCAUUGUCCAUGAACAUAGAGCGAAACCAGCGAAAGGCUUCACGAGUGUUGGCCCAGCCCCAUCCAACGAAGAACUCACUCUCCGGAUCGCACUCAAACCCAACAACAUCGCUGGCUUGGAGAGUGAACUCUACGCCGUGUCAACUCCCGGCAGCUCGCGUUAUGGCCAACACCUCACACCAGAACAGGUAGCUGAAUUCGUCAAACCCCCAGCCGACGCGCUCUCUGCUGUCAACGCGUGGCUGAAUACCAACAAGAUCGUCGCGAAACCCAUUUCACCCGCAGGUGAUAUUUUGGAAUUCAAAGUCCCCGUAUCCCAGGCCAACUCGCUCAUCAACGCGCAAUUCACGACAUUCACUCAUCCUGACAGCGAGGAGCCUAGCAUCCGCACCCUGCAAUACUCGCUGCCCGCCGACUUGUCUCCUCUGGUCUCAUAUGUCCACCCAACAACCAGUUUCUCGAACCCAUUUGCCAUUCCCAAGACGAAGGCUGUUCCCCAAAAGAACAAGCGCGACAUCGACCCUUCGUGCGCUGACAUCACGACCAUUUCAUGCGUGCUCGGCGAGUAUGGCAUUCCAACCACGCCAGCCACACAGAAGAAUAACAUCCUCGGCGUCUCUGGAUAUAUUAACCAGUUUGCCAACUUCCUUGACCUCAAGGAUUUUUUGACUGAAUUCCGUCCAGACAUUCCUCCAACAACCAAAUUCGAUGUGGAGCUUCUCGACGGGGGCUCGAACACACAAUUGAGAUCUUUUGCGGGGGCUGAAGCGAGUCUUGAUAUUCAAUACACUGUUGGACUCGCUACCGGCGUUCCUGUCAGAUUUAUCUCGGUCGGGCCGUUGAACAACGAUGAGGCUGGAGGGUUCUUGGAUCAAAUCAAUGCUUUGAUCAGCGACAAUUCACGGCCAACUGUGCUCACAACCUCCUAUGGCUUCAACGAGGAUGAUCUAAGCUUCCCUGUUGCUGAUGGGCUAUGCAACGCUUAUAUGCAGCUUGGCGCCCUCGGAACGUCGAUACUGUUCUCGUCUGGCGAUGGAGGCGUCGCAGGAAAUGAAUUCGACUGCACUACAUUUGUGCCCACUGCUCCUUCAGGCUGUCCCUGGGUCACCUCUGUCGGCUCUUCGCAGACGAUCCUCGAAAAUUUCACCAAGAACAACUUUUCUGAGAUUGCUGCUGCGUUCUCUUCUGGUGGCUUUUCCAACUACUUCCCGGUCCCCGAAUACCAAAAGAACGACGUUGAUACGUAUGUUGCGAGUCUGAACGGUCAAUACAGCGGUUUGUUCAAUGCCACUGGACGCGGAUUCCCUGAUGUCUCUGCUGAGGGCGUUAACUUCCUCAUCAUCUCCGGCAACUUUAGUGGCCUUGUCAGCGGCACCUCUGCAUCGUCGCCCGUCUUUGCGUCGGUCAUUUCCCUGCUCAACGACGAGCUUAUCAGCGCUGGCAAGAGCCCACUCGGGUUCCUCAACCCUUUGCUAUAUAGUCCUGCUGGUCGCGCAGCACUGAAUGAUGUCAAAGAAGGCAAAAACCCCGGAUGCGGAACUAGGUUUUGGAUUCAACGCGACUGCUGGCUGGGAUCCAGUCACGGGGCUAGGCUCACCGAACUUCGCGAAGCUGAGGGCGGCUCUCGGUCUCGCAUAACUAUUGAUGUUGUAGAUGAAGGAAAUAGCAUGGCUCACGAUUUUGAAGAUGAAGAAAAUAGCAUUCCCCGAUUCCCGUUCUUCACAGACAAUAUGAUGGAGGAAGAGACUACUUUGAACCUGCAAUUGGCCGGAAAGACUUCGCCACCAUGGCCGCGGCCACUGGUCCGGUACGGGCCGAAUGACGACGUGACAUCACUUGACCCUCCGACACUCUUCCGGUACCACAACCACACCAAAGAGAUGCGCGUCGUACCCACCGCACCCCACGCGAUCAUAGGCGGACCGCUGGAGCCAGCGUCGAUGACCACUUUCACUAGCAACCCCAACGAAAAAGUAUGGCAACCUACGAAAACAAUGAUCCAAGCAUUGCUCAUAGCUCUUGCGUCUGUAGCUAUUGCGACGGCGCAGACGUGUGCUCUUCCCUCGAGCUACAAGUGGAACUCGACUGCUGCUCUUGCGACGCCAAAAUCAGGCUGGGUGUCGCUCAAAGACUUUAGCCAUGUACCAUUCAACGGCCAGCAUCUCGUUUAUGGCACCAGCCACGACACCGGCUCGACAUGGGGCUCUAUGGGCUUCAGCACAUUCAGCGAUUGGAGCCAGAUGGCAUCUGCUACUCAGACCGGCAUGUCUUCAGGCUCAGUUGCGCCGACGCUGUUCCUCUUCGCCCCGAAAAACAUCUGGAUCCUUGCUCACCAAUGGGGUCCGACCACAUUCUCUUACCGCACAUCCAGCAACCCUACCAGCGUCAACGGCUGGUCAGGCGAUAGCACUCUCUUCACUGGGUCCAUCUCUGGCAGCGGCACUGGCCCGAUUGACCAGACGCUGAUUGGAGACAGCUCCAACAUGUACCUGUUCUUCGCUGGCGACAAUGGCAGCAUCUACCGUGCCAGCAUGCCCAUUGGCAACUUCCCCGGUAGCUUUGGCUCGUCGUUCACCACAGUCAUGAGCGGCGCCACCAACGACCUCUUCGAGGCCGUCCAGGUCUACAAGCUCAAGGGCCAGACCAAGUGGCUGAUGAUCGUCGAGUCUAUCGGCGCCAACGGGCGCUACUUCCGCUCCUUCACCGCCACCAGUCUCAGCGGCUCAUGGACAGCGGACAAGACGAGCGAGAGUAACCCAUUUGCGGGCAAGGCGAACAGCGGCGCAACCUGGACGAACGAUAUCAGCCAUGGCGACAUCAUUCGCGACACUGCCGACCAGACAAUGGAAAUCGACCCGUGCCAUUUGCAGCUGUUGUACCAGGGUCGGGCUACAUCUUCUGGUGGUGACUACGGUCUAUUGCCAUAUCGACCUGCCGUGUUGACACUCACCAAUCCUGGUGCAGCCAGUUGA